UUGCUUUUUAGUAUUAUUUGUUAACCAUCCGUUGGCCAUGGGGAAGCUAGGGCUCCAAUUGUGCCAAGCAAAACCCCUAAUUCUGGAAAUCAUAAAACCGAAGGGCACGGAUUUUCAAAAUUAGAACAUUCAAUCAUUACAUAGCUUUUUUCUUUACCAGAACCUGACGGUAUCAGCCUCAUCUCCACUGUUGUCAGUUUGGCGGUUUCACACUGAGUGGACUAACUCUUCAUUCACUCUCGAUCUUGUAUACGAAGGAAAUUUGUUAAUGAACGACAUGGAAAUUGAUCCCAUAUCGGGUUGAUGUCAUUGACGUGGGUUCUGUACAUGUUCGGCCAGUGAUGAUACCUUGCCGGUUCUCUCUCUGCGCCUCGCCGGCUCCGCCCGCCGCCCUGUUCCGCCUGCUGCCUCUUAGUUGAGGUAAUUAUUGGGAAGCUUCACAAGGAUUUAUCCUACCACAGACACUUCAUUCCUUAUCAGUGUUGACUAUCCAAUUAGGUGUCAACUGAUGAAGCAUUUAGACUUGAUUCAGAUGGAACAAGUCUCUCCUAAUAGCAAACAUCAAAAUAGUGAAAAACCGGAAUUGGAAUCCGAAAAUGGAAAAAAGGAAUUCGUUGCCCCAUGUGUAGGAAUGGAAUUCGAAUCCUACGAUGACGCAUACAAUUACUACAAUUGUUAUGCUCGAGAAGCAGGAUUUCGCGUACGUGUAAAAAACUCAUGGUUUAAAAGAAAUAGCAGAGAAAAAUAUGGAGCAGUUUUAUGCUGUAGUAGUCAAGGCUUUAAAAGAAUAAAAGAUGUCAAUCGUUUAAGAAAAGAAACAAGAACCGGUUGUCCAGCAAUGGUCAGAAUGAGAUUAGUAGAUUCCAGAAGGUGGCGAAUUCUCGAAGUUACCCUCGAUCAUAACCAUUUACUUGGCACCAAAUCUUUCAAAUCCUUCAAGAAAACGGGCAUUUGUGGAACAAAAAAUACUAUUCAAUCAGAUUCCGAAGGGCAAACGCAAACAGUUAAAUUAUAUCGUGCGCUUGUGAUUGACUCCGGGGGUAAUAAUGGAAUUUCACAUGAAACGGGUCGGGAAUUGGGAUCGGGAUCGGGGCCCGUACCUGAUUUUCAUCCGGAUCGAUUGAAUUUAAAGAAAGGCGAUUCGCAAGCGAUUUAUAAUUACAUCUGUCGUAUGCAGUUGACAAACCCUAAUUUCUUUUACUUGAUGGAUGUUAACGACGAAGGGCGUUUAAGGAACAUGAUUUGGUUAGACGCCAGGUGUCGUGCUGCGAUUGGGUAUUUUUCCGAUGUGGUUUAUUUCGACACGAGUUACUUAUCGAGUAAGUACGAGGUCCCGCUCGUGACGUUUGUCGGAAUGAAUCAUCAUUGUCAAACGGUGUUGCUAGGUUGCGGGUUGCUUUCGGGAGGGACAAAAGAGUCUUUUUCAUGGGUUUUGAAAGCAUGGUUGACUUUGACCACCACAUCGGGGCGGGUCCCACAAACAAUAGUGACCGACAGGUGUCGGGUUUUACAAAGUGUGGUUUCCGAGGUGUUCCCGAAAACCCACCACCGGUUUAGUCUGCUUCACAUCAUGAAGAAAGUUCCGGAAAAAUUAGGGGGGUUAAGAAACUAUGACGCUAUUAAAAAGGUAUUGUUGAAAACUGCUUACGAGACGUUAAAACCGUAUGAUUUUGAAACCUCAUGGGGUUUCAUGAUCCAACGGUUUGGAAUCGGGGACCACGAAUGGCUCCGAUCUUUAUACGAAGAUCGGGCCUGGUGGGCCCCGGUAUAUCUAAAGGACACAUCGUUCGCCGGAAUAUCUUCUGGCGACACGCUGUGUCCUGUAUUUGAUAAAUACAUUCACAAACAAACGCCGCUAAAAGAAUUUCUCGAUAAAUACGAACUCGCGUUACAAAAAAAGCACAAAGAAGAAGCAAACGCUGACAUGGAAUCGAGAACCGUGUCCCCGGUUUUAAAAACGAGAUGUUCAUUUGAGUUGCAGUUAUCGAAGAUUUACACGAGGGAAAUUUUUAAGAAAUUUCAAGUGGAAGUUGAGGAGAUGUAUUCGUGUUUUAGUACCACACAAGUGCAUGUUGAUGGCGCGGUUGUAAUUUUUUUGGUGAAAGAGCGUGCUUUGGCGGAUGGAAGUCGGCGAGAGAUUAAGGAUUACGAGGUUUUGUAUAAUAGAGGAGCGGUUGAUGUUCGAUGCAUUUGCAGUUGUUUUAAUUUUAAUGGUUAUUUAUGUAGGCAUGCUUUAUGUGUGCUUAAUUUUAAUGGGGUCGAGGAAAUUCCUUCCAAGUAUAUUUUAUCGAGAUGGAAGAGGGACUAUAAACGUUUAUAUGUUCCGGAUUAUGAUGCUGCUGGAUGUAAUACUGUUACUGGUACUGAUGCUGUUCAAGGGUUUACUCAGUUGUAUAGAAGUGCGUUGCAAGUAGUGGAGGAAGGUGUUAUUUCUUUGGAUCAUUAUAAGGUUGCUUUGGAUACAUUUGGAGAGUGUUUAAGUAGAGUUCAUAAUAUUGAAGAUAAACAUGAAUAGAAUUUAUGUUUUUUUUUUUUUUUUUGGUUGAGGGGUGUUUUUGCUCAUUCUUGUGCAUAUUUACUUUCUAUUCGCUUAUGCUUGGUAUAAAAUGUUCGAUUCAUGGGACUUUUUACAUUUGCAUGUACAUGUACAUAUUGUAAUAAUUCGUCCCAUCUGGAUUGAAAAAAUAUAUAUAUAUAGUUGACUACUGUUUUCUAGUCAACGUUGUGGAA